ACGCCGCGUCCUGGCGGAAGUGAGGGCAGUGAUGCGUCAAGGCGGACGCUCAGCUUUAUGCUUGGGCGGUAACUGGAGCGGGAGCUGCCACCCCUUCUCCGGGGGCAGCGGCGGGGAUCAUGGAGGCGGCCACCGUUCCUGAGAGUGGACUGGAGAAAAGCCUGCCUUCAUCAGAAGCAGAUGAGGAUUCCGGCAGCGGCAUCUACACAUGUUUCAUGAAAUCGCAUCGCUGCUACGACCUCAUUCCAACGAGCUCCAAGCUUGUGGUCUUCGACACUUCUCUGCAGGUCAAGAAAGCCUUCUUUGCGCUGGUGACUAAUGGUGUGAGAGCCGCCCCCCUCUGGGACAGCAAAACACAAAGCUUUGUAGGAAUGCUCACAAUCACGGAUUUCAUCAACAUCCUUCAUCGCUACUACAAAUCAGCCAUGGUGCAGAUCUAUGAGCUGGAGGAGCACAAGAUCGAAACAUGGCGAGAAGUCUACCUGCAGGACUCCUUCAAGCCCCUGGUCUGCAUUUCACCUAGUGCCAGCCUGUAUGAUGCAGUCACCUCCUUGAUCCGGAACAAGAUCCACCGCCUGCCUGUCAUCGACCCUGACUCUGGGAACACGCUGUACAUCUUGACCCACAAGCGCAUCCUCAAGUUCCUCAAGCUGUUUAUUGCAGAGUUUCCCAAGCCAGAAUUCAUGUCCAAAAGCAUCGAGGAGCUGAAGAUUGGCACCUAUGAAAAUAUUGCCAUGGUCCAUACCAACACCCCUGUUUAUGUGGCGCUGGGCAUCUUUGUACAACAGCGGGUUUCUGCGUUGCCUGUGGUGGAUGAGUCAGGCCGGGUUGUAGACAUUUACUCCAAGUUUGAUGUCAUUAACCUGGCAGCAGAGAAAACGUACAACAACCUGGAUGUGACGGUGACCAAGGCGUUGCAGCAUCGCUCACAGUACUUUGAGGGUGUGCUCAAGUGUUACAAGCAUGAGACUCUGGAGACAAUUAUCAACCGGUUGGUGGAGGCCGAGGUUCAUCGGCUGGUUGUGGUGGAUGAAAGCAAUGUGGUGAAGGGGAUCGUGUCCCUCUCGGAUAUUCUGCAGGCCCUGGUCCUGCCUGGCGGUCAGAAGCCCUGACUGCAGGAGGGCUGAGCCCCCCACCGUGAACCUGAAGCGCGGAGCAGCUGUCCCUUCUGCAUCGCCCUUUUGGCCAACCAGCUGAAGCCCAGAGCAGGCUAUGCGGCCAGCCCAGUCAUCAACCAACCCUCUGUGGGGCUACUUCCCAUGGUAUUUCCCACCUCACCAGGCUGUGUGUCUCCUCCUUCCCCGUUUUGGUUGCAAAGGAGCCCCCAGGCUUGCUUGUUCCCUUGAGCUAGGUCUAUCGAGGGGGCCCCUCCAGCUGCAGGCUCAGGUGGGCUGUACUUGCCACGCUUGGAGGGGAAGAAAAGGGAAACAGGCUUCCUGGGACAACUGCAAAGGAGAUACAUGGGGAAGGGGCCACCUGAAAAGCCCAAACACACACAGACACUCAGGAGGUGGACCUCGGCAGGUGCCUGGUGGGCAGCAUAAGUCAUGGCAACUCUUGAGUGGGCGAACUGUGUGUUUGCGUAACCCCUGUAUCUCUGCAUGCCAUACGGGCGCAGAAGGGAAUUGUAGGUGAGAAGUCUCCAUCCUAGUGCCACUUUGUCGCUUCCACCAAGCAAUACUCUUUCCCUCCUAGUCUCUGCACAGGUUGGGGGGGUGUUUCUGUUUCAGAGUUGCCAUCCCCUGCUCUGCCCUUCCCAGCAGCAGAACCAAACCCCAUUCCGUAAGUUCCUGAAUGGCGCAAACGAGAUCUUCGCAGGAGCUGAAAACCACUUUCCAGGUCCUUGUGAUGAGCCUGCGGUGGCCGUUGGCUGUCCAGAGUGCCUGAAUUCCUGCUGAUCUGUUUUGGGGCAGCCUCAGUAGCUCCUGCUCACCUUGGUCUUGAAUAUAUUGCCUAUCAGUCCUGCCUGUCAACUUAGCAAUGAUAGGACUCUGUAUCUGUGCUCUGGCAGAGAGAAAUGUGGUUGUCCAUAGGCAUAUUCAAGCUCUCCUUUUGAGGCAAAAACAGGAGUGCUUUUGAGAAUCGGCACCUAAUUCUUCCUUACCAAACCAGAGGCAGUUGCCUAGUCCCUCCACUGCACAAGAGUAUUUUUCUUGCCAUAAAACUCACCUCUUUGUACAUUCCUACAACUGCUCCCCAUGUAAAUUGUGCAACAUGUAUUUUUGUAAAGCCACGGUUCUGACGCUCCGUCCACACUCUUCCUGUUUUCUUUGGCUGGGAGGGGGGCAGUGGUCGUUCUCCGUGCUCUGCCUCAACUUGGAACUUUUAAAAAUGAUUUCGGCUCCAUGCAGGGGAUCCUUCCGGGGCCCUUCCCUUUGUGUGAUGUCAACUACUAUUUGUUUUAUUGAGAUUCUGUACUUAAUAAAAAAUUGAGGUAUCCUC